UUUCUGUGAAGAGGGAGAGCGAGUGCGAGCGAGAGAGGGAGAGAGAGAUGGCGCCGAAGCACCAAAAGAAGUCGGCAACGGCAAAACCCAGUCAGUCCGGCAAGCAAAAAGGUCGCAGUGGCGGCGGCGCGCCGAAGGUCGAGUUAUCGGCGGAGAACGAGCGGCGAAUCCGCCAGCUACUCCUAAACUCCGGGCGCUCGUCCCUCCCUUCGUCUGCGACUCCCGGCCAACCAUCCAUGAGCAAGGCUCAGAAGGCAAAGAAGCUGCGCGCAAUCUACGAUCAACUCUCCUGCGAAGGUUUUCGGCCUGAGCAGAUUGAGAGCGCACUCUCUGCACUCGAAGAUGGUGCAACUUUUGAAGCUGCUUUGGAUUGGCUGUGCUUAAAUAUUCCUGGAAAUGAGCUCCCUUUGAAGUUUUCAAGUGGGACUUCUACAUCUUCCUGUUUAGAAGGAUCUGUAAAUGUUGUCUCCAUGGCACAAGCUGACUGGGUUCCGUCCUGUAGAUCUGUUGAGGCUGAAGAGGCAGAGGCAUUACUUGUUCCUGUCAGAGUUAGAGGGAGGGAGAGUGAUGAUGAUGAUGGUCUCCUUCAGGUUUCACAGGCAGACUGGAUACGACACUAUGUACAGCAACAAGAAGAGGAAGAAUAUCAACACCUGGCAGACUAUGAUCAACAUAGUGGUUUGGCUAUACUGGGUGACGAUGGCAGAAAGGAUGCUAAUAAUGGAGAUACUCUUGUACAGGUUAUCGAUCCAAGAUCCCGUUCAGAAUCUAUUGUGAACGAGCUGCAAAAAGCAAGAUUACAAGCUUUAGAAGCAAAGAAGAAGGGUGACAAGGAAACACAGGAACUGGCAGGGCAGCUUAUUCGCAAACUUAGGCAUGAGAUGUCUUCUCUAGGCAUAUCGUAUGAAGCUAAUGCCAGAAAUGAGGAUACAAUAACCUCGAAUGUGGAAUCAAAUUCCUAUGCACCUGACCCUCACACAGUUGCUAUGCCAGAAGAAAUAUUAGAAGAUCCAGCUCUUUCAGACCUUUCUCAACCACAACAGGAUUCCUUUAGUUAUGGAUAUGAAAAAAUUGUCUGUGGUAUGGAGAAUCAGGAGAAUGCUGCUGUUAGCUCUGAAAUUGCAAUUUCAGAAAAGGAUGUUAGUGUAGAAGUGGAUCCUCAGGAUGGUGACCUGUGUUCUUUAUUUUCUGAUGAUACUUCUUCAUCUGGAAUUUUUGUACCUGGUGACCUAGAGCUGCUAAACAGGGAGUCAAACUGGAGGUCUGGGAAGUUGUCCACACGAACUGCUGAUGUUUUAAAGAGGGGAGAUAUUGGAAAGACACCCAAAGCUCUUCUUCAUCAGCAAUGCCAGAAAAUAGGUUGGGAAGCACCUAAGUAUAGUAAAAUAUCUGCAAAGGAGAACAUGUAUUGUUAUAAUGUGAGUGUCUUGCGUAAAGCCACAGGAAGGGGGAAAAAUCGGAAAGUGGGUGGUUUAAUUACAUUUAAUUUCCCUGACCAAGAUAGAGGAUUUGACUCUGUUGAGGAUGCACAAAAUGCGGUGGCUGCUUUUGCUUUAUACAGUUUGUUUCCUGAAAUUCCAUUCUUUCAGUUUUUCUCAGAGCCUUACUCCUCAUUCGUGCUUCAAUGGCUCCAAGGGAAAGGAUCUAACAAACUAGAAGAUGAGAAGAAGAGAAGAGAUGGUUUUGUUAAUUCAUUGUUGGGGGAAGUUGCUUUGAGUUCCUCUUCUCCAGCUGUUGAUGCAGAUUUGUCAUUUGAUGAGGCCUCCCUACGUCAGCCUGAUCAUACAACUGCCCAGCCCUACGCUGAAAUCCUGAAAUCUCAUGAGGGAAAUCCAAAUAGACAAAUAUAUAGCAGUCUACUGAAGAACAGGUUUGAGAAGAAAAGAAAAGAUUUCAAAUAUCAGAAAAUGCUGGAGUCUAGAGCUUCACUUCCUAUAGCUGAGCUGAGAGGUCGUUUCCUACAUUUGUUGAAUGAGAAUGAUGUUGUUGUUGUCUGUGGUGAGACAGGCUGUGGGAAAACAACUCAGAUACCGCAAUUUAUAUUGGAAGAGAUGAUUGAAUCAGGCACUGGUGGAUCUUGUAAUAUUAUUUGCACUCAACCGAGGAGAAUAGCCGCAAUAUCUGUUGCCGAAAGGGUUUCAACUGAACUAUGUGAGCCCUUACCUGGUUCAAAUGAUUCUUUGGUUGGUUAUCAAGUUCGCCUUGAAAAUGCUUGGAAUGAAAAGACAAAGCUUCUCUUUUGCACGACUGGAAUUCUUCUUAGAAAGCUCAAUGGUGAUAAAUUCUUAUCUGAUGUGACGCAUGUGAUCGUGGAUGAAGUUCAUGAACGCUCACUUUUGGGCGACUUUCUACUUAUUGUGUUAAAGGACCUCAUCAAGAAGCCUUCAUGCAGAUCAUCAUCAAAGUUGAAAGUUAUCCUUAUGUCAGCUACUGCUGAUGCUAGUCUAUUCUCAAAGUAUUUUGGUUGUUGCCCCAUCAUUACUGCUGAAGGACGACUUCACCAUGUGACAACUUACUUCCUUGAAGACAUUUAUGAGUCCUUAAAUUACCACCUGCCUUCAGAUUCUCCAGCAUCAAUUAGUGGUGAUGCCUAUCAGAGGAAAGAGUUUGGGAGUAAAGCUCGUGAAUUAUUAAAAGGAAGGAAGAACACUCAGCUAUCUUCAUGGGGUGAUGAAACGAUACUUGCUGAAUCCUACAUUAAUCCACACUAUCAUGAGAACUUAUAUGAGGCAUAUUCAGAAAGAACUCGGCAAAAUCUGAAAAACCUGAAUGAGGAUGUGGUUGAUUUUGAUGUAUUGGAGGAAUUAGUAUACCACAUUGAUGAGGGCUACCCUGAUGGUGCAAUAUUGAUAUUUUUGCCGGGAUUGACAGAAAUUAACAUGUUGUUUGAUAAAUUAGCUGCUUCAUAUCACUUUGGUGGUUUGUCGUCCGAUUGGAUUUUUCCUUUGCAUUCAACUCUUUCAUCAACUGAUCAGCAAAGGGUGUUUUUAUGCCCACCUGAUGGCAUACGAAAGGUUAUCAUUGCUACUGAUAUUGCUGAGACAAGCAUAACAAUUGAUGAUGUAGUCUAUGUUGUCGACUGUGGAAAGCACAAGGAGAUGCGGUUUAACCCCAAAAGGAAAAUGUCAAACAUGGUUGAGGAAUGGAUAUCUCAAGCAAGUGCUAAACAACGUUCUGGGAGGGCUGGGCGUGUAAAGCCUGGUGUGUGUUUUCGUCUAUACACCCGUUAUCGCUUUGAAGAAUGCAUGCGCAAGUUUCAGGUGCCAGAGAUUCUUCGGAUGUCACUGGUUGAAUUAUGCCUGCAAAUCAAAUCUCUUUCUCUAGGUGACACUAAAAUGUUUUUGGAAAAGGCAAUGGAACCACCACAUGAAGCAGCAGUGAGCUCAGCAAUUGCGAUGUUAUAUGAGGUUGGAGCCCUUGAAGGAAAUGAAAAGUUGACACCUCUUGGACAGCAUCUUGCAAAGCUUCCUGUUGAUAUAAAAGUUGGAAAGAUGAUGCUUUAUGGUAGCAUAUUUGGUUGCUUGUCUCCAAUUCUUUCCAUUUCAGCAUUUUUCAGUUACAAGCAACCAUUUUUGUACCACAGGGACGAGAAGCUGAAUGUAGAAAAAGCCAAAAUAUCCCUUGUAGCUGAUCAGCGUGACUAUAACAAUGAUCUAGAUAUGGGUUACAAGCACUCCGAUCACUUGGUACUAGCAGUAGCUUAUGACAAAUGGAUCAAUAUCCUGACAGAGAAAGGAGAAAAAGCUGCACAAAAUUUUUGCAAGGCAUCAUUCUUGAGUAGCUCGGUGAUGUAUACAAUAAGAGACAUGCGUGUUCAAUUUGCAAGUUUGUUGGCUGAAAUCGGAUUCAUUAAUUUGCCAAGGACUGAUGGAAGAGUGAAAAAGAAGCUGGAUAUUUGGUUGAAUGAUUUGUCUCAACCUUUUAAUUUGUAUUCACGCCAUUCUUCAGUAGUUAAGUCAAUAUUGUGUGCAGGCCUCUACCCUAACAUUGCUGCUACAGAAGAAGGAAUGACUGCAGUACCUUGUGGAUCCAUCCAAAAAUCUUCAUUCAGCUCUUCUGCCAAGGAUCAGUUGCAGUGGUAUGAUGGUGAACGGGAAGUUUAUAUACAUCCCUCUUCGAUAAAUGCCAAUGCAAGAGGAUUUCAGUUCCCAUUUCUUGUAUUCCUUGAGAAGGUUGAAACCAGCAAAGUAUUUCUGCGAGACACAAGUGUAGUCUCUCCAUACUCUAUCAUGUUAUUUGGUGGUUCAGUCUGCAUUCAACAUCAGGCUGGUUCUGUCACUGUGGAUGGUUGGCUAAAACUUUCUGCAACAGCACAAAUUGGGGUUUUGCUUAAGGAACUGAGAUAUACGCUUGAUUCCGUUAUGAAAGAGCUUAUAUAUAAACCUGAGAAAGCCGGCAAUAUUGUGCAAAAUGAAGUCGUGAAAUCCAUAGUUCAUUUGCUGUUGGAAGAGAACAAACAAUUGAAGUCAUAGGAUAGAACAGUUUACCAUCUAUCAGUACAGCGCAGAUAUCUGCAGAGAAACUGAUGCCAAUGGGGCUGAGACGUGCUAUUAAAAUUUGAGAAAAGAAAAUAUCGUGUAAUUCGGCUGAACUGAACAUGCCCAUGCUACAAUAUUCACCUAGCACAUUUGUAUCCAUCCUCAUUGUUGCUUGGUGGUGAAUUGUUGUCAUCAUGUAAGGGCGCAUUAUUUCUAUUGGAUAACUUUUUUUUAUUCAAUAUAUCUUGUUGCUAAGUUUUGCUUA